AGGGGGAGGAUUUGAUCGCCGAGGAGUGGACGAGCUGUGCGUAUGCAGCAUGCAGCGGGCAUGGACCGUGCCGCUACGAAUCUCUGAGCGGAUCGCCGCUUGAGAGUCGAGGAUUCACAACCUUACCACCCCAAGAGGAGACCAUGGCGUCGGAGCCGCCCCCACCGUACCAGGAGCCCUACCCCGUGGGCCCCUCGGUGCCCACCGCCCCGUCGGCAACCCCCGCCCCCAAGGGGCCUCCAGGAAUGACUGGGCCAUUGCUCGGUGACACCAAGUCGAUGCCACAGCCCGGACAAGAUGGACAGUUCCCCGUGCAGACUCAGCCCAGCUGGUUCCCAGCCCUCCCCCCGUACUCUGCCACCCCACCCACCAUGGGCCCCCCCCAGCAGGGGUACCCAACGUCCCCCGGCGAGUAUGGACCAGCCUUCUACCCGCCGCAGCCCGUGGGCCCCUACCCUGCGUACGGCCAGCCCUUGGCGGCAGGGGGGCCCGGCGGUCCCGCGGGCCCCACGAUGGUCGUGCCGUCGGCGGCGGGCCAGGCGCUGACGCUGCUGCACAGCGAGGUGCCCCAGCCGUACCCCAUGCGCAUGGUGUGCCCGCACUGCCAGCUGCUGGUCACGACGCAGACCUCUCACGUCUCGGGCACAAUGAGCGUGCUCAUGUGCGUCCUCUGCUGCAUCGUCGGGUGCGACCUGGGCUGCUGCCUCAUCCCGUUCCUCAUCGACGACCUCAAGGACGUGGAGCACACCUGCCCCAACUGCAAGGCGCACCUCUUCAUGUACAAGCGGCUGUAGGGCGCCCGCAGGGCUCCCAGAAGACCCACGCACGCACGCGUACACACACAGACACACACGUGUACACUCACACGUGUACACGCACACAUACACACAUACGCACACACACAACAUCAACAACUGCCAUUCGCCACUAAGUGGCCGUGACGUCACCACGGCGCUUGUGCCAGGCUACACGCGUGUGCACACGCAACCCGCGCGUACUCACGCAACCCGCGCGUACUCACGCACUCGGCCCGCUCGCGUACAAAACCACCGUCCCACUGCACCCGCGUGACGACGGCGCUGCUGCUCCUCGCCGACCGUGGACGGACGACGUGAACACGCGCGUCGCGGCGAAACGCUCGCAUCGGCGCGCUAUACAUAUAUAAAUAGGAAUGGCGGGGACAGCACUUAGGGAAGGUUUAACCAAUUAGCCGCGCACGAUAGGGUUCACGGAGGCGUGCCGUGGCCGUUUACGGGGUGGGGUGGGAUGAGUGUCGGGGAUUUAAGCUCGUUAAACGCAACCGCCUCUGGAGCUGAACGCGACGUCCAGAAACCGGCCGGCUCGCUCUCGGCUGCGGCGAGCCGGGGAACGCGUCUUGCGUCGCCCGCUCCUUUCCCCUCGACGGGGCGGGGGGCGAAUCCGCUUUGGAGUUUUCGGGAUCGCGCCUCCGCCGCAGUCCAGCGCCGGUCCGUGUCUUGUCCUUGCUGGCGGGAAAACACAGGCAGGGAUGGGGACCGGCGUCACACCGAUGCCUGAUCCCAUCGCCUAACCCCCCGGCCGAAUUCUGAUGUUGAGAGGGAGGAGGGGGUAGAUGGAAGUGGUGGGGGGGGGGGGGUUGCGUUACGAUCGCUUUACCGUCGUGGACAUGUUUUGUUUCGUUGGAUCGAGCACUCUCGGUGACCGUCGUUGUUGAGGCAGCGAUGGAGGCUCAGGGUCGCGAGUCUUAGUUGACCGGUGUUCUCUCGGUUGGAAGUCGACGGAAGCCUUGCCGAUUCGUUGCUGACCACACACCCCCGUGCCGCGUGCGAUUUGGAGGUUUCUCCACCACCCUCGUCUCCUUGCCGCGCGCGAGCGGUCGUUGUGACCGAACUCGUCGGCUCUCAAACGACGCUCUGACAACGACGUUGACGCACCCGGCGGAGAUGGAUCGUUGCGUCCGAUAUGGAACCUCCCGUCUGAUACAGAACCCGCCGGUCCUGUCCAAUAGAGGAACCUUCGUGUCGUCCGAUAGAGAACCCGCCGUUUUGUCCAAUACAGAGCCCUUGUUCAAAACGGAACCGUCAUCUCAUCCGAUAUGGAACCCUCAUCCUAUACAAAAAUCCUCGUUUAUUUAUUUACUUAAUAUAAACCCUUUGGCCCUCUACCUUACAGAACCUCCGUCUAAUCAAAUACCAACCCAGAACCGCAAGUCUCGAUCCAAUGCAGGGCCCUCGCGUUAUUUACGGUGCCUUAGUUUAGGUUCAAUGAGCGUUUGCCGAUUCCACCACCUUCACGCGGUCAUCUUGGCCCCGGUCGGACGGCCCUAACAGAGGAGUACGGCUCCCGUUGGGUCGGAUCCCUUUGCCCGUGGGGACCAAACACAACGUUGCUGUCAACGGGAACCAAACUGUGAUUGCAAUGUGCCCGCUCUUCGUUGUCACUUCUUUUCAUUGUUUCGGUGAAAGGGCGCGCGGAGAGAGCCCAGCGGGGUGGGCCCGAGGCUCUGCGGCCCAGCUUGGGAUGCGUUGCCAAAUCGUCUUUGUCGUGGCCAUUUGCUUAUUAUUUGCUUGCCUGUUUACCUGAAUUUAUCUAAAGAAGAAAAAUACGGCACGACGCUCGCACGCCUCACGAACUGUUUACCUGCGAUUUAGCGCAGCCAUGGGGGUGGUGGUGGUGGGUGAUGGACGAACCAUUGGUUCGUCGGCCCGGUUGACGCCGUCGUACGUUGUGGUACGUCGCUGUACGUCGCGAUACGUCGAGGCACUUCGCGGCACGUAACGGCGCGGUCCUUGCUCGCCGACUGGCGGGCGCGGCGAGUGCAAACACCCAUAAUAACUCUUUUUGUUAUUAGAUCGAGUAAAUGUAAAUGUGUUGUUCACCCACCAACCACCCGACAUGGCCAGCUAGUAAAGGACUUGUCACGUCACCAAAACGUGACAAUUAGUUAGUAAGUUGGCACACCACCGGGGUGUUGGAGAGUAAACACACAACAUUUACAAUUCGAGUAGCCGGCAUCACCUACUUUGUUGUGGGUUUACUCUCCAACACACAGGCGGUGUGCUGGCGUAGCAACUGAUCGACGUUUUUUUUGUUCAGUGACAAAACUUUUACUCAUUGGCUGCGUCAGUUGGUGGCGAGUUUAAAGCGCACAUUUAAAUUCACGCGAUCUAACCCAAAACUAAAUACCUUUAUUAUGAAUAAUAUUGGUUGACACAGCCUGCUACGUGUUAAAAAGAAUGUGGUAAACACCGUGAUUUAAGACGGAGAGUAAACGCCUCGGUGGUGGUGGCGGGGGGGUCGGGAGGAUUAGCGAGAGGUCACAGUCUGAAGUUGAGAGCGGUGCGUCGUGAGUCGCGUGUUUGUUUUUUCCCGAAGCUCCGCGUCAAUCGCUCUCUCACUCCAGGUCGAGGAUGGCUACAAACUCCAGCCUGGGUUUUUUUUCUUUUCUCUACCCGGUCUGCCGGAGGCAGUCGCGCGAAGAUGGAAUCGUUGACGCGAGCGGAACGCGGAGGCAGCGAGCGAAUGAAGGUUGAUGAUUUUGUGGCGAUGGCGAUGAUGAUGAUGUUGAUGGACCUGUGGUGGUGCAACGUGCAUCUGACCAGUUCCCAUGAGAAGCCGGCACGCUUUGCCAGGUCUCCACUGCAAGAGAGACUUUGUUUGAUUCACCAAGCUCUCUCGCCUGCAGUGGCGGCGCUCCCGGUGUAAGCAAACGCAGGGUUCCCAAUUAGCUCAAGGCACUUCCAAUUUGAGCUCAAUUUCAGGUUCUACUACACACCGCGCACACGCCUGGAUUCGUUAGGUCGCUGGAAUGCGCUGCCAGUGGAUUCAUCAUCGGCGGUUUCUCCAUCAGACAGACCCAUAUACAUAUAUACACACAGGCACAGAUGCCCCAGAUAAACCAGGUUCUUAGGUGUAGCCAGUUGUCAGACUCGGCAUGAAUAAACCGAGGAGAACCGGGCCGGUAUAGCCCCCACCGCUCCUUCGUCACCAUCACCAUCAUCUUAGUCACACCAACGUCUGUCUUGAUUCGCUCGCUGCCUUCGCGUUCCGCUCGUCGGUUUAAUCCACCUCGCGCGCGUUACCACCUGAGAUUGGGAAGAGAGAAAAAAGACCCCGCCAGUGGAGUGUUGUAGCCUCCUCAACCUGAAGCGACACGAGGAAGGGAGCCAGUGCCAGGGCCGUUGGUCAGCAGAGCGACCCUGAGCUGACAUUUCGCCAGAAGCCAUCGUCGUGAUAGCCGACGAUCGGGUCAUCCCCGUCUUUAAGCACGUACGGAAGUGACCAGCUGGUUUUAUUGGUGGAGUGGGGCACAUGCUAUUGAGAUCCUGGAAGCGUGUGGGUGAUUGUGUGUAUGGAUGUUGAACUUCUUCCGCACCACCGUACGUAGCCAACCGUGCCUAUCGUAGGUGCUGGGGAAGGACAACAAACUACACACAAAGCGCAGCUCUAAAGAAACGCGUUUUUCCACGUCGAUUUAAAAGUGCCAUUGCUCCAGUGGCCUCCUCGUAUCGGAAGGAAGAACGGCGUUCCAGACGGCCACCAGAGCGCACCUGGAAGCGCCAGGCGACGCGGUGACCGCCUUUGUCCGAUGGCCAAGCCCAAGAGCCGUCUGCGUGGAUGGCUGGAGUCUGCGUGAUGGUUGGCUGCUGGGUUCACGCGAGUUCACCACAGCACGUUCUAUCCCGACACGUAUUCUCCCAGCCCCCCGCCCCCACCACCCCUCGAUCCCCCACCCCCUGCCACCCCGGACUUCCAAUUCCCCUCUUGAGGACAAUGUCACCACCGUCGUCUCGUCCGCCGUGAUGGAUUCCCCCCCUGAGUGCGGAGUGGCUUGCGAUGAUGAUGUUGACGACGUUGGUGGUGAUGUUGACGAUGGGAUGGAAGACAAGGUCAGGGUGGGACAGCGUGGCGGGAGGGGUGGGGGGGGUCUGUGUUCGUACACGCGCGAUGCUUUGCGCUGGGCUGUUUUGACACAAUCAUCGUGGAUAAAAGGCCGAACUAAAAUCCCCCCCCCCACACAAAAAAACAAUUGACGAUUCAGACGAUGUGAAAGAGCGAUCGCCUCCUCCUCUGGGAAGCACCGCUAAGUCACCCCACGACUAGGCCUGCGCGGUGUAUGACUGACAAUGUGGGGAUGCCUCCAUCCUUGCAGUGGAUGGAGCCUGUGCGGGAGGGUUCAGGAAACCACCCGCGGACGGAACCGGCAGGUGAAGCUUACAAGCGGAGAAGAGCCGCACGCUUAGUUCCAGUCGCUUCGCGUCUUCGUUCCGGUCGCAUGCCCCCCCCCCCACCCCCCUCUUUGCUGUAAGUGUCUCCGCGGGCUCACUUGUUGUUUCGGGGGUUCGGCUUCGUCUAGAAUCCCGCCGUGCCCGCCCGUCGCUGGAGUGCAGCUGCUGUGGUCGGUCCAAUCGAGAGGCGCCGUCUUGAGUUCGGGGGCAGAAAUCACCCCCAAUGAAGCUGUACAGACAUUUUUCGAUUUCGACCACGUUGGGUUUAACGUCUACGCCUCGCCACCACGGGUCUCUGUGACAUCGAUAGAGAAACAUCGACGUGCAAACAGAGACCCGUGGACUGACAUGCACUUUACAUGAUCUGUGGACUUGCAUAGAGACCCAUCGACUCGCGUGCACUUACGUAAUGUAUAGACGCACACAGAUCAACGGAGAUGUACACCCAGACCCGUAGACUCGCAUCGUCAUAGAGCCCCAUGGACUUAAAUAUGGACCCAUAGACUCGCGUACACUUACACGAUAGGCUUACGUAUAGAGGAUCAUCGAUGUACACAGAGACCCGUAGACUGGCGUACACUUACAUGAUCCAUAGACUUGCAUCGAGACAGCAGAUUCGCAUGCACUCCGAUGAUCCAUCUACCUGGAUAUAGGCCCAUACACUAACAAAGCCUUGCAAUAUAGAUCCAUAGAGUUGCAUACACACACAUGAUCCGUAGACGAUGGACUAACAUAGAGACGCAUGGACUUGCUAAGCUCAUUCUCAGCCAAAAAAGUAACUUUGUCGCAUUGGGUUCGGCUUCUCUGAUUUUCCUCUUGUAUGCAUGUAUGUUGAUCUCCUUUCGCGCCGUACGUACUCAAACGUGCUGAUCGGAGGUGCGGUGAAAGGACAACAAACUAAACACAAACAUCAGUUCUAAGGAAAUUAGUUUUCAAUCUAGAUGAUGAUUUUAAAAGUGCAUAUCUCCGGUCACUUCCGACUCUCGCAAGGAAGAAGCGUUCCAGACGGCCGCCGCGCAACGCUGUGAUCAUCUUCGUUCGAUGGUCCAGCCUAAAAAUCCGCCGCUGCGAAGGAUGACCCGGAGUUUGCGUGAGCGGCUUUAUCCUCCCAGACGGGACGUGAACCCGUGACAUUCAGCCUGUGUUGUCGUGGAGUUGCAGCAGCGGCGGCGGCGGCGGCGGUGUCGGCGUGGGUGAAGGGAACCCCGGGAGAACUGGAAUUUCCAAACCACUUCACCUCGAAUGGAGUGUGUUUGAGUCGUUGCCUGUACAAUUAUCGCCCCCAAGUUAUAUAUAUAUUGUAUUGUCGGAACGUGAAAGAUUAAAUGUAAAACGGCG